CUAUAGAACACUCGAUCGUGGAUCGAGCAGGUACUAUAGAAUCGCAAAUGUUGAGGGCCAUUGUCUGUAAUAACUUUGCAGUUGCUGCCGUUUAUGUCCGGUUUUUAGGACAAAGAAGUAACUCUCUGUCAUCAGCUCGUGCUCCAGCAAGAUUGGGUUGCAUUACAAGACACUUGACAUCUUCAUCACCACCCAUAGCACAUUCUAAAGAAGUGACCAUGGUACAAGAUGACAUGAAGAUAAGACUUCUCCCAGCCCUUUCCGAUAAUUACAUGUACCUGCUUGUUGAUCCUAAAACCAAAGAAGCAGCAGUGGUAGACCCUGUUGAACCAGAGAAGGUAGUUACUGCUGUCCAGGAAGAAGGAGUCAAGUUAACCACAGUCCUGACCACACACCACCAUUGGGAUCAUGCCGGUGGCAAUGAGGGUCUGGUCAAACUAGUGAGCGGGCUCACUGUAUAUGGAGGUGAUGAAAGGAUUGGAGCCCUGAGCAAAAAGGUUUCCCAUGAUGAAGAAUUCAAGGUUGGCAGCUUACAUGUCAAGUGCUUGUUCACUCCUUGUCACACAAGUGGCCACAUUUGCUUUCAUGUUACAGGCGAUGCCGAUAAACCCACGGCAGUCUUCACAGGGGACACCCUCUUUAGUGGAGGUUGUGGCAGAUUCUUUGAGGGUUCACCUCCAGAGAUGUACUCAGCGCUUAUAGAGGUUCUAGGAAGUCUCCCCGAAAACACUCGCGUUUUCUGUGGUCAUGAGUACACUGUCAACAAUCUGAAGUACGCACUGCAUGUGGAGCCAGACAACAAAGCUGUUCAACAGCGAAUGGCGUGGGCAAAGGAAAAGAGGGCACAUAAUGAGCCGACUAUCCCGUCAACGAUCGGCGAAGAAUUCUCUUUCAAUCCCUUUAUGCGUGUGCGGGAACCAAGCGUACAGAAGCACACGGGGGAAACAGACCCAGUGAAAGUGAUGGGUGUUCUCAGAAAAGAAAAGGAUAGCUUCAGAGGCUAAGAGAGGCUCUAGAAUCGCAACAGACGCUUAGUCAUCUCCUCUGAAAACAUGCGUCGGUGCAUUUCCAGACCAACUUUUAUAAGAGAUGUAUGGACGCUAAUUCCAUUUUACCACCACUUACAUGCUUUCUGUUAAUGCACCUACCUUCCUUCGAUUUUCGGUUGUAUCAUUUCAAAAGAGAUCAGUGUCCUUGAAAUAUGUCAAAGACAGAUUGUUUGUACGUGGAAAAAGGGUUUUACUCCUACCCCCCGGAAAUUUGUACAGUAAGCAUUUUUCAUAGGGUUUUCAAUUUAAGUAAACUAAAGCUAAGUCUUCUAAAAGCCCCCAAGCCUGUCUGGGGCGUGUCUAGAGAAAAAUGCAGGGUAGGUCCAGAGUAGGAGGUUGCUGUUCACGGAUCAAUUACAGUGAGGGCACAGAAAGCGGGCCAUGCUUAACAACUUUGACAAACAUUUUGAAAAAAAAGUUCAGCCAAUGAGAAACGCCGAACGUUGUAUAUCUGACCUCGUACGUGUAGUCGACCAUUUUUUGUCUGUCGAUUGGGCGUGAGAACACCCUAACCUGAUUGGAAACUUAUUUUUCAAAAUGUUAACGGUGUUCAAGCCGAAUCUGAUUGGUCAAAGUUUUUCAGCAUGGCCCGCUUUCUGUGUCCUCACUGUAAGUUCAAAUCGGCAUCCUUGGCUCUGGUGAUCACUAGAUUAAUCUAGAAGCUUUUUCUAUCCAAGUACACACGCAAAAUUAACCGUCUUCCAGAGUCAAACCCUUGUCCCUUCCCCUGGACACACCCUUGCUUGUCUUACUCCUUAAGCACCGAAACCCACAGAGCCACAGAGUCACCACUACUGCAGUGGGAGAGGGGGGUCUUUUGGUGCAAAGGGGCGUUUUCUCUUGUUGUUUAAGCACGACUUACCAUUUUUAGACAACAAGAACCAAAUAAUCCCUAGAAAGUAAAAUGUGAAUCUUGGAAUAAACCAAAUAAAAUGACAGCGUCCCCGUA